AGAGCUACGAGUGGGCCCUAGAAGCCAUGAAGUACGUGUCCAGUAUGAAAAUGGAGCACACGGCCACAGCUGAUGGUCUGGAAAAGCUCCUGAGAAGUCUGAACAUCUACCUCUCCGAGCAUCCGCCCAUGGGAGAGGACAGCUUCAGCAGCAUGUUGGAUGCAGCCCAGAGACUGCACAACGAUAGGCUGGUGGAGCAGUGCCGGGUGGCCAAGGCCAGGUGUCAGGUAGGCCAAGUUGUUUUCUAGGGAACCUAGCGGGUAGGAAUGUUGGUUUAUUGUAUGCCUAACAGAUAGGAAUGUGGGGGUUGUAUUGUAUGUCUAACAGAUAGGAAUGUGGGGGAUCUAUUGUAUGUCUAACAGAUAGGAAUGUGGGGGUUGUAUUGUAUGCCUAAGAGAUAUGAUUCUUUGUAUGUGUAUAUGUUAUGAAAAAGAGAGUUAACAUGAAGAAAACAUGAAGAAAAUAAGAAUUCUCUAUUGACAACCUAGUCCCCCUUUUUAACUUUUCAAUGAACUACAGUGGUGAUGGUGGGGUUAGGAUUCUUUACACAUUUGAAUAAUUUUUUUUUUUUUAAAUUUUGGAUCUUGGUUCAAUAAGGAGCUAUGGCUUAUUUAUAGCCACAUUUAACUUGCACGUUUUUAUUAGAGUUAGAGAAGACUUAGGCAUUGUUCUGUUCUCUUGGCAGGAAACACAUCAGCUGCUACAGCUGAGGCAAACUACCUUAAGGAGGGCACGCAACCAACUGGAGGUUGAACAAGCCCUGAAAGAAGGUGAGGCAUUUCCAGACCGAGAAGGGACAAACACAAGUUCAGCAUUUGAACCCCACGCCAUUGAUAACAUAUCUGAGGACAUCACCAACGACUACAGAAGUUUGGUGAACACGUCCAGAGACAAUCAUGAUCGUUUACUGUUCUCAGCUCCUUCCUCUCCGGCGGUUCAUGGGAAUGAAUUCUUUCUCAAAGCCGCUGGUGAUAUGCAGAGCCAAAGCCCAGUCUGGGAGCCACAAGACUCUAGUACGCCCACAUUUACAAACUGGCACGGGGUUGGAGACGGACCUCGGGUGGGCAGGAAGGUUGGCUUCAAAUCUGAAAGCAGUGCUAGUCACCAGGAUUCUGGGAGCAACAGUCACCUCGGGAGCCACCACGUCAGCAGUUCCUCCCCACAGUUCCAUUACCCCACAGCGCCCCCUAGUCCAUACAGCAGCGCCAGCAGCACUGCCAGCUCCAGCAGCAGUCCCACCAAAGCAGCCACCAUGACUUCAUCUUUGUCAAUGCCAUUGCCGUCAUCGGCAGCGUCGUCAUCAUCGCCCAUCGUACCAUCCGUGAUAUUGCCGCUGUCACCAACACUGACCACGCCUGACCCGCCCUCCAGGACGAGGCUCUACCAGCCCACCCCAUCCAUAUCCAGACUGUACAACUCUUCUCCCACGCGGACCACCGUGCCGUCGGGUUCUGUCAAGCUGAGCCUCGGUCGGACCAUUUCGCAGCCCCGCAGCGUCCACAGCCUCCCCGCCGGGGUCUCGCCCUCCACCCGACCCCACAAAAAGAUGCUGAAGCGUGCCAGCACCGCCCCGGUCCCGAUGCUGACCUCGCCCAUCCUGGAGGAGGAAUCCCCUGGCAACACGCCCUCCCCCACAGACCCAGAUGGCCAUCCUAGUAGGGAACAGAGAAGUGCUAAGUCCAUCAGUAUGAUCACCGGGAGCUCAGAGUCCCUGCCAAGGUAAUAAGAGUUUAUAUGGCGUUAAGGCCUAUGGUAUGACAGCUGAGCUUGGGGUAUUUUUUUUAAGGGUAGGGGGAGUUGGCAGAUCAUUCCUGUAUUUCAAUGUUUCACUGUGAUUGCAUUUUGUUGUUGUAACACCACCCCCACCCCCACCCCCACACACUUUUUUUUCCUGGCAAGGAUACUGAUGUUGGUUAUAAAAUUUGAUUCACUGUCCUCCACUUCUUUGUGCAAUUAUUGGGGGGGGGGACCCUCCACAUAAAGGGACACCCCCAUCCACCCACCCUUUAUCUCUCAAGCCCUCUAACUGUCCAUAAAAACUAAAUCUAAAUGUAAGUAAUGGUCAUCUGGCCAUUUCAGCACUGUAAAUGUUCAGUAAUUAGUAAUAACCUAUUAAUGGUAGUCUUUCCUUCUUUUUCUUAAAAUCUGCUACGUCUUGCUGGCAUACCUAACACCUUUCUGCCAGUAACAACAAAUGAUUCUGAGGAAAACAAAAUUAACAAACAUUCCGUCUUCCCAGCACACUCAUUCUUCACCAGGGGUAAUUCUUCUCCAUCUUGCUUCUCGCCCCUACACUCAGUGUGCAUGUCUUCCCAACCUACUCAUUCUUCUCCAUCUUGCUUCUCGCCCCUACACUCAGUGUGCAUGUCUUCCCAACCUACUCAUUCUUCUCCAUCUUGCUUCUCGCCCCUACACUCAGUGUGCAUGUCUUCCCAACCUACUCAUUCUUCUCCAUCUUGCUUCUCGCCCCUACACUCAGUGUGCAUGUCUUCCCAACCUACUCAUUCUUCUCCAUCUUGCUUCUCGCCCCUACACUCAGUGUGCAUGUCUUCCCAACCUACUCAUUCUUCUCCAUCUUGCUUCUCGCCCCUACACUCAGUGUGCAUGUCUUCCCAACCUACUCAUUCUUCUCCAUCUUGCUUCUCGCCCCUACACUCAGUGUGCAUGUCUUCCCAGCAUACUCUUUCUUCUCCAUCUUGCUUCUAGCCCCUACACUCAGUGUGCAUCACCUACUACCUCACUCCACCCUCACCCACUUACCCCAGCUCUCAUAUUCCACCAUCACUCCGCCUUCCUCGCUCUAUUCUCCCCAUUAUUUUCACCCCUUAAGCUCUACACCUCCCUAGCUAGUUUUGUCUGUUCUCCCUCUCCUUUCUCCCCUACCUCUCUUCCCCAACCUCACAGUACUCCAACCAUCCUAUAUCUCUUGUCCUCUCUACAUCAUCCCGUCCUACCAACACAUAUCUCCUUGUCCUCUCUCCUACACCCCCCCCGUCCCACAUACCAUAUUUCCUGCCCCCUCAACGCCCUCCUUCCACCCGUCCUACCACCUUGUAUUAUCCGUCCUCUCUACACCCCGCCCCCCCCCCUUUUCCCGUCGUUCCUACCACCCCGCACCUCCUGUUCCCACCCAAUCCUACCCCACCCAAACACCUCUGCCUCUUCUGUUAACGUGCAUUCCGCCCAGGGUCAUCCCAACUUGCCAACUCUCUCUCUAUUUAUACUCACGCCACUAACAAAGACCGAGUGUUUCUCCACGAGCCUGGUGAUUCUGUGACCGUUGUUUAGAAGACUGCAGCACUGUCAGAUGAGGUAAAACACGUUUGUUUGUAUCGCCUGUUGACAACAGCGCUGUGUCAGUGCACCUCGUAGUCGUGUAGGUAUGACACGCCUCUUGCUACUAUAGUUGUGUUGUGACUUACAGUAAGCCCACGACAUCGUGGUCCCGUGUUCCUAUUGGGAGAAAUGCGUCGCGUCCUGGCUGUGUCUAUAUCAAUAGAAUUUUUGUUUGGUUCUAUUCUCCUCCGAUGUGGUCUGUGUAUGCGAUUCAUUGGGAUCAUGAUGUGAAGACAACCAAACGCUACCUAGAUGUUGGUACCCCCCCACCCCCACCCCUCCCUCUCUCUCUCUCUUCUCUCUCUCUCUCUCUCUCUCUCUCUCUCUCUCUCUCUCUCUCUCUCUCUCUCUCUCUCUCUCUUUGCUAUGAUACAACGCGUACACCAAUGAGCCAACACUCUCAUUCAAGAAUACAAAACCCAUCAAACAUCCCAGUUUGGACGAAGGGAAAUGUGGCCAGUCACUCAUUGAACAGGCGGGCAAGACGCCAGACGGGCGAUGUUGUUUGACAUCCAGUUGACACUUCCAGCGUGUGGGUCAACCGACCAUUACCUUCAGGGUGUGGGUCAACCGACCAUUACCUUCAGGGUGAGAGUCAACCGACCAUUACCUUCAGGGUGUGGGUCAACCGACCAUUACCUUCAGGGUGUGAGUCAACCGACCAUUGGCUUCAGGGUGUGGGUCAACCGACCAUUACCUUCAGAGUGUGAGUCAGGCGACAGGAUUUAUCUUAAUCGUGGGGAAUGGUGGGGAAAUGCGGCCGUCAUAAUUCUCAAGGAUGACGUCUUUAUCUUGUGUGUGUGGUUGGUAGACGACGUCAUUGUCUCGUCAUGAUGACUGACCUCUCAUCGGCCAAUCCGAUACGACAGGCCCUGAGCUCAAUCGAGAGCUAAACUUCAAAGAGGCUCUGACACAUUCAAUCAUUCCUGAUGUGAUAAAAAGUUGUGGCCAUACACCUUGUGGGUACUGACUUCCUCUAAUACGUGAGGUGAAUUGUGGUUUAUUCUCAUACUUGCCACACUUUCUACUCACACACAAUCGGGCGAGGGUAAAUGCUUAAUCAACCUCACGGUAACCUCGCCCAUAUAUUUUGUAAUAUAUAUAUAUAUAUAUAUACACACACACAUAUAUAUGUACACACACACACACAUGUAUGAUAUAUACAUACGUAUAUAUAUAUAGCAUAUACAUAUGUACAGAAUAGCAAUUGACAAACUUGCGUACAUGUACUGUUGACGGAGAGCUGCACCACCAACAUUAUGACGUUAUUCCAUUUCAAUGUAUCAAAAGUCAAUAAAUAUAUCCAGUCCUAUUUGCGACAUAGCUUAUGGUGCUUGAUUUUUUUAAAUUAUACCAAGGGCACCCCCUGCCAAAAAUUUUUAGAACCUCGGUUCCAAGAGUUUCCGUGCCGCACUCGUAGAAACAAGGCCUAUUUAAAAAUAAUAAUAAUACUUUGAUUUGAGCGCCACGUCUGGUCAUGAUUUCAUUUUGAUAUGAGAUCCAAAUCUGAUGGUGGCCGAGGACGGCGCUUUGCUAAAGUGCCUGUGCUGGCAUCUUGGAGAAUAGACGAGCUGUUGGUGUCCUUGUCCCAAUAACACAUUUGCUGUUGGAGUUUUGAUUGAGGCAAAACAUCGGGAGUGUCGGCGAAAAGCCUUCAUCUGUGGACCAACAGGAUAUUUGGUGUUGACUUAAUAUAAACCAAAGUCGAGAACUCCCCGGGCGGUAACCGACUCAUCCCUGACCGCCUGGGUGGACAAAUGACUCUGUAUGGUCCAACUAUCCAAUGUCAUUGAGGGUACAAAAGGGGGCGGGCCAUUUUGUUCUGUGACACGUCCACGUACUCUCAGCUCCCAGUUUUGAUGAUCUUUUAGUAGGCAGGACAUCAUCCAAGUGAGAGUUAAGUAACUCACUGGCAGUUGGUCGUGGGGGGGGGGGGGGAUUUGUUUGGCAUUCGACGCGACAACCCUUGACUGUUGACUAGACAACCCUUGACUGUUGACUAGACAACCCUUGACAGUCGACUCGACAACCCUUGACAGUUGACUAGACAACCGUUGACAGUUGACUAGACAACCCUUGACAAUCAACUUGAAAAAUAUUAACGGUGUAAGUUAGAUUCUAUAAAUUCUGAAAAAAAAGUUUACCUUGGCGUUAAACUUAGUAACUGACUAAAGUUAUUUUAGACUAAAGUUAUUUUAGGUUUGCACCAAUUGUGAGGUAUCAUUCCAUGUGGGACGACGGAUUACGAAGUUAAUAAGGAAGCCACAGGUGGGCCUUCGAUCGCAUUUAGAAAGAUCGCAGGCCCAGGUAGACCACAUCAUCACCACUUAUUGACUGGACGCAGUAACCAGCUGGGCAAACUCACACACAACGCCACGUCUCCCCACCGCCACGUACGUCCACAUACCGCCAAGUCCACAUACAGAAGAGUGACCAAAUGGCUCCCCCGGCGAGACCCCUUUGAAUGAGAUGGUGGCUUAGAUCACGUUUAAAGUAAACCCCACCCUCCCACUGGCCCAUUCUUGGACCGAGCUUUGUUAAUUCCGCCGACCAACCUUUUGUUAUGGGAGUGGACACGGGUCACUCAACUACCUGUGUCGACCGUAACACCCGCGUGACGCUUGUUCAUCUCUAAACUGUGCUCAGUCCGCCAGUAGACCUCAAGAGUUCGACAGUUCGAGUCCAAGUUUCGUAGACUAUUUUUUAACCCGGUCAGCACUACCAACAAUACAUUCUCGCCUCUCGAUUGAUUCAUGGAGGAUACCUUUUCAACAAAUUAGAAAAUCAUUUUUGAGUCUGCUCAUUCCGAGAGACGCCUUUGAACUUUUUGUGAUCUUUACUGUCAUCACAACGAACUGAACGUACCGUCAUUUUGGAUAGUUCCUGCGUGUCAGUGACGUAAAGUAGUGUGUUGUGUGUUGGACAUACUUGCCUCGGUGAUUGUCCAAAAAGUGUACCAAAGCAACCAGCACUGCCGAUGAGAUAUGUCAACUAGUUGUGUCACAAGUUGUGUACCGAUGUGAUAAUGUGUGUACCAAUGUGAUAAGUUGUGUACCAAUGUGACAAGUUGUGUACCAAUGUGAAAACUGUAAGUGUAAGCAGAUGGGAAAGAUCUUUGGAUUACGGCGGUCAGCUUCCUUGUCUUACAACAGUGAGGCGGAGUUUUCUUUCUACAGCGUAACCAGCACGUCGAGGAAUGUUCGCGGCUCUGCAUCAGAUGUGUCCUACAGCUACCGGUGAGUUGGUGGACACACAUAGAAUGUGUCCUGCAGCUACGGGUGAGUUGGUGGACACACAUUGAAUGUAUCCUACAGCUAUGGGUGUGUUGGUGGAUACACAUUGAAUGUGUCCUACAGCUACGGGUGAGUUGGUGGACACACAUUGAAUGUGUUCUACAGCUAUGGGUGCGUUGGUGGACACACAUUGAAUGUAUCCUACAGCUAUGGGUGAGUUGGUGAAUACACAUUGAAUGUGUCCUACAGCUACAGGUGAGUUGGUGGACACACAUUGAGUGUGUCCUACAGCUAUGGGUGUGUUGGUGGAUACACAUUGAAUGUGUCCUACAGCUACGGGUGAGUUGGUGGACACACAUUGAAUGUGUUCUACAGCUAUGGGUGCGUUGGUGGACACACAUUGAAUGUAUCCUACAGCUAUGGGUGAGUUGGUGAAUACACAUUGAAUGUGUCCUACAGCUACAGGUGAGUUGGUGGACACACAUUGAAUGUGUCCUACAGCUAUGGGUGAGUUGGUGGACACACAUUGAAUGUGUCCUACAGCUAUGGGUGAGUUGGUGGACACACAUUGAAUGUGUCCUACAGCUACGGGUGAGCUGGACAAACAUUGAAUGAGUCCUACAGCUACGGGUGAAUUAGACACAAAUUGAGUGUGUUAUACAGCUAUGGGUGAGUUGGUGGACACACAUUGAAUGUGUCCUACAGCUACGGGUGAGUUGGUGGACACACAUUGAAUGUAUCUUACACUAUGGGUGAGUUGGUGGACAGAAAUAUGUCUACAGCUAUGGGGGAGUUGGAGGACAGAAAUGAACUCUAGAAUAUAUGCUUUUAAUAGGCUCAACAUAGACUGAAUAGUUUGAGAUCUGAAAUAUGAUAUAUUCAGCCUAUGUCAUGUUUAGCCCUUUAGGUCUUCACAAGGGCCGUAACAGAAGAUUGGCUUUAUAUUAGGCUAUACUAUAUGGCCUACCGAUUGUUGUGGUAGAAGUCUGGCUCUAUAUUAGGCCUUUAUAGCCUACCAAUUGUGGUAGAAGACUGGCUCUAUAUUAGCUCUUUAUAGCCUAUAAAUGGCUGUUAUAGGAGAUUGACAGUGAAUGAACUGGAUGUCAGUAAGUGUCUGGAACAAAUGUUAACAUAUGGUAUAGGGCAUAUCAAAACUCACAAUCAUGUUAAUAUGGUUUAAAAUUUACUCAACCUUGAUUUCCCCAUACUUGGAUAUACAGUCCACAUGAUAUUGAUGCUGCUACUGCUCCUCUUGUGCAGCAUUGUAUUCUGUCAAGCAGUCACAGUAUCUACAUCAACAUAGACCUAUUGGUUCAUUAAUGUGCCUCUUUUCAUAAUUAGACAUAUUUUUAAUUAAAUAAGUAUAAUUUUAUAAUAUUGAUUUUUGGCUAAUCUCAACCAGCCAAGGCUCAUUCAGUUCCUUAAGGGACUUUUAAAUAGAAUUAGAUCAUCUAAUAAAAUUGUAAAUUUUAAAAACCAAAUUCUCUAAGCAGUAAUUGGCCUAAAUAAAAGGAAAGCAAUAAUUUGCACAGAGAAUAGGCUGGAAAGCUUUUUUGAAAAUGAAAACAAAAUAUAUUUGUUACAGAAGUACUGCAACAACUUGUAACUGCAUGUCAUCAUAGUCUGAUCUUCAAACUAAUGAGAUAAUUCUGUUUUUCUUUAUAUAUAACUUGUCUCUCUUUCGUGUUUACUGUUUCUAUAUCAUUUGUAAUAAACUUUUUAAUAUUCAUGUUUAAAAUAUAUUCAUUUAAAUUUUAAUAGUUAAUAAAUCUAUAGAAUGGCUUUUAAAAAAAAAAAAAAGUUUUAAAAAAAAAAACCUGUUCACCUAAAAAAAAGUUGAACAGGUUUAACAGUUGAACAGGUUUAACAGUUGAACAGGUUUAACAGUUGAACAGGUUUAACAGUUGAACAUGUUUAACAGUUGAACAGGUUUAACAGUUGAACAGGUUUAACAGUUGAACAGGUUUAACAGUUGAACAGGUUUAACAGUUGAACAGGUUUAACAGUUGAACAGGUUUAACAGUUGAACAGGUUUAACAGUUGAACAGGAAUCUGCUUACUGGGAAACAAAGUGGAUGCUCCAUAAAACACCUCAGCCAGGCUUUGCGAUUUUGCCAAAUGCAUUUAUAGCUAAGUUAACCCUUAGUUUAGAGAUGGAAGUGGAAGCCCCCCUCCACCGCAAGAUAUUUACAAACAAGAAUCUAGCUGACCAUCUUAUUGUAAAAAUUCUCAAGUAACAUUUCCCUGUUUUCUUGUUACAGCAUGCCAGAAGAAGGGGAAGAUGUUGACCUUGACAUGAGCCCAUGCCGGGACCAACAGGAUGCUGCCGGCACCAGCGUCAAGGACUGGACCCCUGUACCAGUCAACACUCACCUCCACAGGUCAGCCAGGAGCACUCCCACUGGACCGAUGGCUGACCUGAGGCUAUCGGAGGCGGAGAUUAAAAGUAGACGGUGAGUGCACUGAACUGGCCUAGUUUGACAACUCUUACGGACACAAAACCCUUUUGUUAACGCUAGACUAAAUGUCAAAUAUUGAUUAACUCAGAUAAAACUUUCGUUUCACUAGUGACACUAAAAUAUAUGUUAUAAAGUCAAUAAUUAAACUAACUAGUUUUCCCCAUUUCAUAAAGGGAAUUCUGGUUAAGAUUAACUUAUUUCUUUAUAAAAAAAAAAAAAAACUCUUUUUAUAAUUUAUUUUAUUGGCAUAUUCCCUUUAUAAAAUAACAUGAUUAAUUUAUUAAAUUGUGUUAUAAUUUGUUGUGUUCUGUUCAACGACCCCCACCCCCUUACACCAUGUGAUUUAUAAGGUAAACUUAGGAGGUGGUAGGUACACUGAAUCAGCUUGGUACAUCAGCUUGCUACAUCAGCUUGGUACAUCAGCUUGGUACAUCACUUUGGCACAUUGAGACCAAAAAGUUGUCAACCCUGAUAUAGAGAAAAAUUCAGAAAACACAAUUUCAUUGAUGUAUUUUAUAAUAAAAUAUCCACCCACCAUAAAUUAGAUUCAGUGGUUUAAUCAGUGGUUGUUUUCAUCUCCUGCAGCACAGUGUCUCUGAUCAUGUCUGAGAUGAUACAGACGGAGAGAGAUUACGUCCGGGCCCUCCAGUUCAUCACCGACCACUACGUACCAGAGCUGCAGCGGGACGACGUCCCUCAGAUGCUACGUGGGAAGAGGACGGUUAUCUUUGGUAACCUGGAGAAGAUCCAGCAGUUUCACAGCCAGUACUUCUUGAAGCAGCUUGAGAGCUGCCAGAAUCAGCCAUUCCUUGUGGGACAGUACUUCCUGCAACAUGUAAGUUCUGCUAACCGUGCCGUGAUAGUUGUCUCAGAAUCAGCCAUUCCUUGUGGGACAGUACUUCCUGCAACAUCUAAGUUCUGCUAACCAUGCCGUGAUAGUUGUCUCAGCAUUGGAAUUUGUCUCAGAAUUUGAGCUAUUUCCCAUACGUUGAGUCAUGGAUUAAAAAAAAUUUUCCCUUUCUAUUUUGUCAUGCAAGAUCAAGAAAUAUUUUUACAAUUUGCUAUCAUAGAUACAUAUUUAGCUACAUGUGAUCCAAGACCAGAAUAGGUAUUUAAGACUAAGACUAAAGUGUAAAACUAAGCCUAAAUAUUCAGCUUUGAGUUAAAAUACCGUAUUGGUUGAUUUUGGUGACAAGGUUGGGUGGGGGGGGAUGUUUGCACAAUGCUGAUUACUUGUUUGGGAAACAAAUUCAUACAGUGCACAUCUAGUUGGUUUAAUUGUUAUAUGUAAGUAAGAGCAACACUUUGUAAUAACUUACUAUAAUCACUUAACUAAUAAAAAUGCUGUUAUUUUUACAUUGAUAGACUAUGCUUUAUUUGAUCAUUUCAGUUUUUAGAGGUCCUGCUAUUGAUUUGACCUAAUUUCUUUGAAAGGGAAAUGGCCCACUACUCUCCACUAUUGUGGAAGUUUUGAUUUUAAACUAUAUCUUUCACUUUAUAUUCACCAAAGGAUUUUUUUUUUUUAAAGUUAUCCUGACUUGUUGCCAGGCAACCCAAUGUUCACAAACCCAAUGUUCACAAACCAAUGUUCACAAUCCCAAUGUUCACAAACCAAUGUUCACAAACCCAAUGUUCACAAACCAAUGUUCACAAACCAAUGUUCACAAACCAAUGUUCACAAACCAAUGUUCACAAACCCAAUGUUCACAAACCCAAUGUUCACAAACCCAAUGUUCACAAACCAAUGUUCACAAACCCAAUGUUUACAAACCCAAUGUUCACAAACCCAAUGUUCACAAACCCAAUGUUCUUCUCCACAGGAAACCAUGUUUUACCUUUAUGCACUGUACAACAAAAACAAACCAAAAUCUGAUACACUGAUGAUGGAAUAUGGCAAGGAGUUCUUCAGGGUAUGUCCAAUACUGUCAGCUCUCAUCAGUUUUGUAUUACAGUUCCAACUAAUCCUGACCCUAGAUUGGCACCGCUGUCUUGUGUCACAUGUGGCACCGCUGUCUUGUGUCACAUGGUAGAAGCAUAUGUUUUGAACAAGGAAAAGUUAUCAGUUUUUAUCAACAAAAAUAAUUUAAAGACAAACAUUUGAAUCAUCUAAAAAGAAAAUUAAAAACUGUAACACCUGGACAAUGUAUUUAUUUAUAUCCAAACCUUCCAGUGUUCAUGUUAAAUAUAAUUCUGUGUCAUUUCAACACAACAGGAAAAACAGCUUGAGCUGGGAGAUAAGAUGGAUCUAUCCAGUUACCUGUUGAAGCCAGUCCAACGUAUGGGCAAGUACGCCUUACUGCUGAAACAGCUGGUGAAGGAAUGUGCUGAGACAGAACCAGAGUACCCGGAGCUCAAGGUAACAAAACAAUCAUGCCUAUAAUUUUUUAGUCUACUUCUGAAAUGUAGUUUUUAUGUUGUGGUUUGUUUUGAAUAGGCUUUAUCAAAUUAAUUUGAAGUUCUCCAUGGUAAGUUUAAAUCCAUAUUGAAGUGUGGGGGGUUGGGGGCGGGGGUUGGGGGUGGGGGAUGGUGUAUCUUUGUAACCAUGUCCAUGCAUUACUGCAACAAACUCUCACAUGAUAAUGAUCCAAGGUAAUCUGGGCUUAAACUUCGUUAUUUAAACAUUUUCUUUUUAAAUAACAGGAACUUCAUUUUUUUCAUGUCUCCUGUCAGUGAUUAAAACAAAUUCAUCAAAGAUUCAAUUUUUCAUAGCCCCAAAUUAAACAAUUUUCUCACAACUAAAUAUUUUCUCAUAGCCCCCAAUUAUGAAAAAAAAAAAUUUCUUAUAGCCCCAAAUAUGACCAAGUUUGAGAUUUCUAUGCUUAAAAAAGUCAUCUGAGGAUUAAUAAUUGAAAGUUAGUUGGUGAACUGUAAUUUAUCUUCUGGUUGUUAACUAUAUUUGUUUCUUCCAGGCUGCCGAAGAAAUGGUGAAGUUCCAGCUCCGCCAUGGUAACGAUCUGUUGGCAAUGGACUCUCUCAGAGACUGUGAUGUGAGUAAUUAAUUUGAACACAUAAAUAAGAAGCUAAUCUUUCAACACGACUUAGGAAACCUCCAUCUUGUAGACUAAAGCUUUUCUAGAACUAGAAAUUACCUUCAUAUUCCAUUGGGCUGAUAUUGAACUACAACAAAUGAUCCUUCAUGUACGCAGGUAAACCUUCAGGAGCAGGGGAGAUUACUACGACAAGAGGAGUUUCUGGUAUUUCAAGGUCGCAAGAAAUCCAUGAGGAGAAUAUUCCUGUUUGAAGAUUUGAUUUUGUUCAGCAAAACAAGGAGGGGUCGCCAGGGUCAACAUGACAUUUAUGUAUACAAGACAAGUUUCAAGGUAAAAACCAUAGUAUGAGAUACCUGUAUCUGGGAAUGAUGGAGGCAGUAGAUAAAUUUAUGAAACCUAUAUUUGGGAAUUAUGGAAGCAGUCUCAUACCUUGUACCUUAAUCUGUUAAUCAAGUUCCUUUAUGCAAAGAUUUGUAGUUAUUUCAGAACUAUUUCCUGACACCUUUUUUUAAAAUGUAGACUAGCUGAUGUUUUUAUACUGUAUGUUGAAAGUUUUAUAAUUGAUUUGUUGUACUUGAAUUUGUUCAUUGUUGGUUUCCAGACAGCAGACAUUGGAAUGACUGAGAAUUACGGGGACAGUGGAUACAAGUUUGAGAUCUGGUUCAGGAGGAGGUCCGUUGGGGAGAAUUACGUUCUCCAGGCGCCAAGUACAGAGGUCAAGAAAGCUUGGGUCAAAGAUAUUUCAAGGUUGUUGUGGCGGCAGGCCAUACGCAACAGGGGUAAGCUGAUUUUAUCACUCAAUGCCGGGUACGUGCGGGGUCUAUGAAAAGCAGGGUCUAUGAUUAUUUGGUUGCUUGUGUGUUUAAAUACAUGGUACAUGAAUAUAUUGUAGUUUGUGAUAUUAAAUUUGUAAUAUUUGUUUAUAAAUUUUUUUGUUUGAUAUAAACUAUUGAUUCAUCAGAAAAUUAUAGAUAUAAAAAUGUUCUCGGGUGAUCAAUAGUUGAUCUGAAACAAGACUAUUUAUUUAUAAAUUAGAGCUUUGAGUGAUUUAAAUCCUGUCAGGAAAUCCAUAAUUCACUUGAUCAGCCUGCGAUGACCUUUCACCUUUUAUGUGAAGCAAUCCAAAAAUGUUGAAUGAUGUCUGAUGCCCUAUUUGAAUGGAAACUUUGUAGCAGAAUGUCACUUGCAUUUUUACAGAAACCCGCAUCAAUGAGCUGGCCACAAUGGGUAUCGGCAACAAGCCCUGCAUGGACAUCAAACCCAGCGAGGACAACAUUCAAGAUCGGUCAAUUAACGUCUCUCUGAAUAACAGGGGAGGUAAGUGGCACAUUUUCACCAAACCGGUGUUCGUUGGUUCCUUUGAUGAUCGUUCGCACGCAGGAAGCAGUAAUCAAACAUCAGCCACAACCUACUGUAUCUUAUAAAACACAUUUUUUUAAAAGACAAACCAUUUUUAGCAUUCUGCUAAAUAUUUUAUUUUAUAUUAAGUCACAGCUGUUUUAGUCAGUCAGACUGUUUAGUCAUUUUGUUUCAUCCUUUCUCAGCUGUAAUAACACCAUAUGGUAUGGCAGCUCAAGUAGUUUAUGUUAGAGGUCAGUUUUUUUCCCCAUUUUAAAUGUUAAAUUUGAACUCCAAAUUAGCCUUCUGUAUUUCUCUCUCAUCUUGCAGCUCGCACAAGGAACUCUAUAGCAGUUUCAUCAUUUGAUUACCUCCGCAACGGCAACAAACGGCCGCAUUCCAUCAUAUCCGUGAGCUCAACAUCUUCAUCUGGCUCUAGCCAGUCUUCAUUUGGCCUUCUCGGUUCCUUGAAUUUAGCCUUUGACCCCCUGGACAGCCCUCGCAUGAAUCGUAGAUCAUUUGCAUCAAAUGGUGAGCCUUAAGAAACUUUUCAGUAUUUUUGGUAUUUAAAAUCAGUUUGCUAGCCAUAAUCUGUUGGUUUUUUUUCAGUUUUUAUAGUUAAAUGUCAGAAUUUAAGAUCAUGACCUCAAUAUGCUAAAAUGUCUGAAUGUAAGAUCAUUGUCAAAAUGUCUGGAUGUAACAUUGCAUCAAUAUGUUAGUGUAAUGAGUAUUAACGCAAUGGUAAUGGUCAUGCAAAAAUUUUUUAAAAAUUUGUCAUGGGUCAAAUCAUUUUUAACAAAAAUUUCUUUAUAUUACCUGCCCUCACAGAGAGUGGUAUUGUAACAGACAGUGACACGUCCGCUGGAGAUUUGGGCACGGAAAACAGGGGCCCAUCACUCCGCAGGGGCAGCCAGGGAAACAACGCCCCACUGUCGACCAUGCGCUCAUACUUUGAUGUCAUGAAAUCCAGAGUCUUGAAACAAAAAUACCCAGACCAGGUUUACACAGACGUAAGUGAUUUAUCACUGUGUUAA